AGUUGGGGUGUUCACCACAAGAGUAGUCUUGGCAAUCUAAUGGGUGGAUAAUGGAUCAACCCACUUGGGUUAUAGAAUUUAAACCUGAACGGAUAUUUGAAAUAAUUGCCACAGUUUUUCUUAUCUCGAGCCACAUCGAAAUUCAAUGCAAUGGCGGCUGCAUCAAUCCUCCCUCUUACCCAGAGACCAAUCUUUGACAGAGCUUUCCCCUCGGCCGAGCGCCCUGUGCGCUUGAAAUGCAGGCAGUCCGAUGUCUGCAGGCUGGAAAAACUAUCACCAGAUGGAGGGAUUGUAUUCGACCCUGUCACCUCAGAGUGCACAAGACCUCACCCUGUUAACUCCAGAAGAAGGUUUGUUGAAUUGGGUUGUGGGCUAUUAGCAGCUACAAUGACUAUGCCAAUUGCAGCUGAAGCAGAGGAAGAGAAAAAGGAGGAGGAAUCUUGUGAGCUCACAUUUGCACCCUCUGGGCUUGGAUACUGUGACAUGGUCGUUGGCACAGGGAUCGAACCUCCUCAAGGCGAACUCAUUUUGAUUCACUACACUGGAAGAUUUUUGGAUGGUACAGUUUUUGACAGUAGCUACAAGAGAAACAAAGCGCUCAUCUUACGAAUAGGUGUAGGGAAGGUGAUCCCUGGAUGGGACCAAGGCAUCUUAGGUGGCGAUGGAGUUCCACCAAUGCUAGCUGGAGGAAAAAGAAAACUUAGAAUUCCUCCCGAGCUUGCUUAUGGUCAAUAUUCAGUUGGAUGCUACGCAGGAAAAUGUAAUAUACCUGGCAAUUCUACGUUGCUGUAUGACAUGGUGUAUCUUGGGCCUUUUAAAUAAAAUUAGAAGCUAUGGAACCUAAAUUUCUAAGCUAUCUAGAUUUAAAUUUUUUUGAGGUAAAGAAAAAUAAGCAUGUAAUUAGAGGAAUAAUUUUGUGGUAGGUUGCCUUGGUAUGUCUGCUUAUAUCUGUAUUCUGGAAGUCAUUUGUGCUCCCACAUGAGAGCAAGAAAAUUCAAAUAUGAGAGCUUCACAGUGAUGGGUACUGUCAUAGUUUCACUACUGUGAGAGCUUUCUUUUGAUUCAUAAUUGAUUUGGAUAUUCUGGUAAAAACAGGUAUUUUAGUUUACCGUUGUUUAAUCCAACACAAUUUGCUAUUGGGACUAAGUUGCAUAAUGCAAAAAAAUGAUGUUUGUGACAGUUAUGACUGCCAUUUACAACUUCCGUCAAAAUUAUGAUAUGUGCAAUAUCCAAAUUCUUGCUCA